AUGGAAAAUAUCAAACUUCUGAAUCGUUGCGCAGCGACGAUGUCACCAGUGGAAAAGGAGAAGCAACAGUUCUUGUUUUGGUCCGAGUUUUUCAUGGAAGCUAUUGAUUCCGAGCAAGAAAUAGUAUGCGGACGUUUCCCGGUCCUGAUCCAGGAAGUUACAAAACAAUAUACGCCAAGUUUUCUGACGCUGAAUGUGAGCGAGGGCUCGAUAAUUCUGAGUCAUGUACUGGAGAGUAGCCAGCACAAGAAACCUCCUCCAGGUAUGACCUUUUUUGCAUUGUUUGCUUCACCCAAUUUGCAUAAAUAA